AUGAGAUCGUUCUUCCUAAUUGCAUGUACGACAUGCGCCACUUUUGUACACGCCCUCGUCGUCCCGGACGUCUCUCCUGAGCCUGUCGCGAGCGCCACCAACAACACUCUUCCAAACGAAAAUCCUCUUAAAGAAUGGCUCGGGCCAACAAAGGCGGCUGCCGACGAACCAUGGACGCUCUCUGUUGCUCGAGGCGCAAAGCUGCUGCAGGGCAUGAAAAGCAAUGAUGCGGAAGCAGCGAGUCUCUACGGCUUAGAAACAACUGCGGAAUCACCCUUUGACGGUAACCUCAUCGAAAAGUUGCGCGAAUGGGGCUACAACGAUAACAACGACGCUCUAGCCAAGCAAGCAGACCCAGAGUGCAACUCUGAUAGUCGCGAUGGCCACAUGCUCAAGAAAGCCUUUACGGAUCUAGGAAUCGGGACAAAGAGCAAAGGCAAAGGCGGCCCAAACCGGUGUUUUUCGAUUGAGCAUGCCAAUGGCCCAGCUGUCAAGUUAGGAAACAACAGAAAGAUGCCUGAAAAAGGCGACCAGCGGUACGAAGUCUGUGGAAAAGAGUACAGAGUCACAAAUGCCGAGCAUACAAUCGGCGUUAAUCCAGAAGCUGGAGCUGUGUAUGCUAUGCAACUCUCCUCGGCCGCCAAAGCAGCGCGUAGACUGUGGAAAAGGGCGCCACUCACUGAAGAACUUCCGGCUAUAUGUAGCGUCUCUGACAUCGCAUGGGCGUUUUGGAACCGUGCGCAUACUUCACAAGGCCUGGAUAAUAUCAAGUACCUUUUCGUUGCCAUGAUCAUUAACAAAGAGACCAAUCAGCAUGUCAAGCGCGCUUUGGGUACGCUGUCACCCCCAAAAGACGAACCCGACGAAUGGCCGGGCCACGAAUUCAACAUGGAUACAGAUGAAAGGAAGGCGCUACUUGGCUCACCGGUUGGACGAUGGGCAGGAUAUUUCUUGAUGCAACACAAGAGGCAGUUGGGAGGAAACAAGUACAUAGCCAAUGUGAGAGUGUUCAAGAGUGAAAAGGAAGGUAGUUGGCCGUACUUCUUAUUCUAUGUCGUUGGCCCCGGUAUAGCUCCUAUCUGGAAGCGUAACGCUGGCCUAGAUACAACAGAAGGAUAUGUAGAUGCGGGACCAAAGGUUAUCAUGAGAAACGAAGAUGGAAGAAAUGUGGUUAGAGAGCAUACUGUUUGGGCGGAUAGGUAG